CGCCAUGACCUGCCAUGUUUGAGCCGCGACAAUAUGCCGAAUGGAUUCAUGGGGAGAUUUUCCAACCUGUCAUUGUCGUUAUUGGCACUGCAAAUGCAAAAACCAGGAUCAAAGAGAUCAACGGUUUAUCGCUGGCAGAACUCUUUGCACCCUUUGGUGGACAUUUUCCUCCUGGGAUUUCGGUAUCGGUGCAAUCUCUAGAGCGUCAGAUCGCCAUCGAACAUUUCCGAGUUCAAUUCACGGAUGCCGAUUCUGCGGUCCAACUGAGUCAGCUCCAAGCAGAUCAGUUGGCAGAUUGGACAGUGGAGUCCAGUGCUUUGGAGAGACCAACACGUUCCCAGAGUGCCAAGGCUUUGGAAGCACCUAGUCCUUGGUAUGAAGAAUGGCGAAGCGCCCUCUUCCGAUCAUUGCGUUGGUCAGAUCAUGAAGGCUUGGAUCAACCUACAGCAGCCUUGUUGGUGGUCAUGUCGAAGGAAUCAGAUCCAGCAAUGCUAUUGGAACAGCUACUGCAUUCCUCGAAUAUGCCACCACUUUGCACCCAGGGAGUGCUUGACCCGGUGCCCUCUAGAGUUGCAGUGCUUCUACAUGAUGCAUCUGAUCCAGCUAGUCCAAGCAAGGAAGAACUGGUCAGGAAACUGGAAAACUUGAAAACAAGCUUUGCCCCAAAUCAAGUUUUUGUCCUGGAAAUCAAUCAUGGUCCUGCUGAUCAUGUCGAACAGGAGAUUCAGGACCUCUUCAAGACAUGCCGGAGUCGUCGUGCACCUCCGCCACCUCCGGCUCCAAAUGAAAGCCCAUCUCCGUCUCCUGGUACGCGACUCUCGCAGGAGGACCUCACGAAUUUAGCGCAGGUGGUGACUGAAGUGGUUGUGAAGAAUGCUGUGCCGUGGAUGGAAAAGCAACUUCAGCAACUGGAGGCUCAGAUCUCCCAAAGCCGAAAGGGCUUUCGGAAUCAGUUGAAAUACCUUUGGCGGAAGCCUCGUGAAGCAAAUGAACGAGGCAUGGGAUCGGAUUUGUUCAAAGCAGG